AUGACCCCAGCAUUGUACAGAGUCAGAAAGCCCUUUUUCUGGAAGAACAUGCUUGGUCUUCUCGUUUUUGGAUCCAUCCCUGUGGGAGUUUACAUGUACACGUGGAACUUCCUCAGUAAGGAUGACUUUGGUGAUAUUCCUAUUCCUCCUAUCUCGGACGCUGAAUUGGCUGAGUUGAGAAAGGAGUAUGAACACAAGAAAUAA